GUUUUAAAGGAUUAAUCGUGUUCGGUGCUUAUUUUCACAAUCUCUUCUCACUUCAAUUGGACAAGUACAGCGUUAUUCAAGAUGUCAAGACUUAUCUUAAAAUUUAGACACUCGACUGAAGUCUUAAAAACCCUUAAUGUUUUUUCUCGCUGUAUUCACAACGCAACCGGGCGGAACUUGGUGAAUUUGGGCAUUGCUUCGAAUAAACCUACAAAGCUGGUACUAUGUGGCGCUGGUGUCAAUAAGGUGAGGAAAUUGAAAUAAUUAUUGUCAACCUUUGUCUGUGAUAAAAUCCUCGAUUAAUUUCUACAAUCGAGUAUUUUGAUCGGCCAUUUCAACAGAGGGUAUCAUUGUUAUUGACUUCUUGUCUCAUAAACCCUGCACUUGUUCCUGCAAUUGCAAGAGAGUAAUCUCCAACAAAACUAUUCACAUUGCAUGAUUUGCCCUUUCAAACUAGUUAAUUUAAUUAAGUUAAAUUAAGAUAAGACAUGCUCUCAACACAUUUGUUGCUGUCUAAUGGUGACAAGCAAGAUGUCGUUGGCACCUAAAAUUGCUGCGAUCGUAUGCUGCUAUAGUAAAGGUUCUGAAAUCACCUGUAUCAUCAAGCAAAUGUGUCUGGUUCGUUAUUGUCACCUCUAAUAUAGAACACCAAAUAAAUAUAUAACCGCUGAAAAACGUCAUUGAGUGAAUAUACAUGGAAUAAAUUAGCAUGCAUUAAAAAAAUCGUUUUUGUUAGGCCAGGGUUUGGUUUCCCACACCAUUGACGUCACCCAUGUAAGAAAUAGAAAAUAUUUCCCGUGUUUCUGUAAAGUUAUAGAAACACGCGUGACAGUUUGGGAGAAACGAGAAAUCUCGUGGGAACACGAGCACGAAGUGCGAGUGUUUCCACUCAAGUUUCGAGUUUCACAAGUGUUUCUAUAAACUCUUUCAAAUAAAAAUAUAUAAACUCUCACAAACUUUCACAAGUGUUUCUAUAAACUCUAUAGGAACACGGAAAAAAUGGUUCUAUUUCUUUUAUUAAAUAGCCUUUUAAAAACAAUAGAAAAGAUAAAUUUAUUGAUUUUAAAUGCUUUCAUUCAAAUAUUAAUUCCACCAUAAUAUACGUUCGUGUAAAGAAUAAUUAUAAAAGCAUAGCGAGGUAAACAAGUAUAUCGCUGUCAAAACAACAACAGCACUUAACAGGCUUACUUUAUCAAAGUAUAUAAUGCACUCAACAACGUACAUGCUUGCAUGCAAAGAAAGAUCUGUUUUAAAUAGUUAGUGAACAUUUAUUAAACAUGAUUAAAAACUAUAGCUAUAGUAAACAUGAUCAAAAACGUCGCGAGGAAAUAUUUCUUUAAAAAGACAAAGUAAAAUUGAAAUAUCUUACCUUGGUAAACAGUCAAACAGAUACAACGUGUGCUAUUGUAGUUUGUGCUUUAGGUCUUCACUUCCUAAGUUAGCAAAGUGCUGCCGCCUUUUAUUUUGAAACGAUUCUUCCGGUGUUUCAGGACGUUUUCGACUUUUUUCAAAAUUAAAUAUUGUUUGUAUUUUGUCUUUUAAACACCCGCGCAAUUCACGCAACCCUCGUGAAAAGUUCCCGUGUUUCUAUGGAGUUAUAGAAACACGGGUUUUUUGAGCUUUUGACCAAUCAGCGUCCGUGUUUUUAAAAGGCUAUUUUAUAAGUAUUAAUAGUCAAGGCUAAGAUAUUCUAUGGAAAUACAAAAGAGCUUAUUAUAUAUUGACGUUGGUUUAUGGUUAUGCAAAAUAUUAUGGUCAUUUAACCGUCAUGAACACGUGCGCAUUGUUUUCUCGCCAAAUAAAACAAAACAUAAUUAAAUCGAAACCGGCAUCGCUUCUGUUUGGCUGGGCGAAAAAAGCAAUUCACGCAUGACGCUGAACUGACCAUUUUUUAAUAAAUCAAGACAAAAACCUUUAGAUAACGAGGCUAAUUUUUAUCGAAUAUGAUUGCUACGUUGGUGUGCUAGUCAUUCUAACUCGCAGCUGUAAGCCAAGCUGAACUAUACAAGGGCACAACUCAACCAGAUCUAGUCAAAUGUCCUCUAAACGUGCCUUUGACAAAUCAUCUUUAAUUUUUACGUUUGUAGCAAAUGGGCACAAAACGCAGCAAGAGCCAUCACCAUGAAGGUUUGUUUACUCUUGGCUGAUAGUAAUACCAUUUGUAUGUUUCAAAGACUAUGCACCGAAUGAAAAUUAAAUAUUGCUCAGAAUAUAUAGGAAUUAUGAUCAGUGCUAAUUAACUACUUGGUUUUUCAGGUAGCGUGAUACAGUUUUAAAAACAACGGAAAAUUCGCGAUUUAGAUUCGCAGUUUUGGACAAUUACUACAACAGAACAUAGAGGUUCGAAUUUUUUGACAAACGUUAUGCAAAGGCAGUUGAUAUGGCAGCAAUAUUGGGACCUUUAGCAAAUAGGUGACGGCAACGCAACGACGAUGGCCAAAACAAACUCGUUCAAAUAAGUAACUUUCCUAACAACAUGUCUUGCUUUAUCCCUUGUAUGAAUUUGUUGCAGCUUAAGAAGGUUAGGACAGAGGUUUAUAGUCGAGAAGGUUUCUACUAAACCAAUUUAACGAAGGCGACUUCUCGCGGCUUGAAUAGCCUGCGUGCAGCCUGACUUUAAAUGGAGAGAAGUCAGUCUGCGAAUCAGGGAACAAUACCGUGUUCGCGCCAUCUUUUGAAUUGCAUGGAUUUCUGUAUUCAAACGUGAUUGUCUAUUGCUCAAAAGCCUAACACACACGCUACGAUUGGCCAAUUCGUUAAUAUAUAUUUGGUUCAAACAACAUUCCAGAAUAAAAAAAAUGGCGGACGAAAACACAACGAGCAAUGUUGUGUGUAAUUUAUGCUCAAACCCAUACAAAAAAUUUGAAAGGGUUCUCAUUGAGGUUCCCAAGACGCCAUUUUGCUAAAUAUAUUAUUUUCACGCCUGACAAAAAUGCAUGCUAAAGCGCUAAUGUGCUACAAAUUCUUUAAUUUUCAUCCUGUUUCUACAAAAUUUCGCAUAGACAUAUAAUAGAACAUGUCAUUCUUAGAAAUCGUAUGUUUUUGUUUUUCGAAUUGCUACAUUUUUGGUGGGAAAAUGACGUCACAAACUUGCCGCUAAAAAAUUAACAGUUAGCUAUUGUUAAUUUUAUGCACUUAUUCGGUAGCCGACAUUGAGAGAGUCUUAAACUGAAGUCUGUUUCGAAAAACAACCAUUCCUUGCGAAGAUAUCAUGACUCAAAUUUCUAAAAAUCGGCCAUUUUCGUCUAUUUUUAGCAAAAAAUGGCCGAUUUUCGACAUUUGUUCCGGUAUAUCUUCGUGAGAAAUAAUCGUAUUUAGAAACGGACUUCAGUUUUCUAUUACUCUCUCAAUGUCGGCUACCGAAUAAGUGCAUAAAAAUAGCAAUAGCUAACUGUUAAUUUUUUAGCAGCAAGUUUGUGACGUCAUUUUCCCGCCAAAAAUGUAGCAAUUCGAAAAACAAAAACAUACGAUUUCUAAGAAUGACAUGUUCUAUGUCUAUGCGAAAUUUGGUAGAAGCAAGAUGAAAAUUAAAGAAAUUGAAGCACGUUAGCGCUUUGGCAUGCAUUUUUGUCAGGCGUGUUUGUUGAACUGAAUCUAUUAACGAAUGGCCAAUCGUAGCGCGUGUAUUAGGCUUCUGAGCAAUAGCCAAUCACGUUUGAAUACAGAAAUCCAUGCAAUUCAAAAGAUGGCGCGAACACGGUUUGUUCCCUGAUUCGCAGACUGACUUCUCUUCAUUUAAAGUCAGGCUGCACGCAGGCUAGGCUUGAAAAGCAGACGUUGUAUACCAAAUGUGAAAAGCUUUAGUUUACUGUUGUAAAUAGAGCAAGGACGGCGUCUAAAACUCCCAAGAGGCCUUUAAUUAUGCAUUUAUUUUCUACACUGUCAUAAAUUUAAUGUAUUAAUAGCCGUUGCGGCCUGCUAGUUAAAGGUCCCUAAUGUCGUUUGAAGACGCCGGAAAUUUCCACUAGCGAUUUCUUUUGCGCCAAUCAACUUUAUUCAUUUGUCUAAAACUAAUUGGUUCCAAAAGGUUGUUGCCAAAAGCUCAAGGACAAAAGCAAAUAGGCGCUUCGCGAGAAAUAAUUCGCUAGUGAAAAACCGGCUUUAUUUGGAAACGACAUCAGUGAUUCCCAAAUUUUAUUUUAUAGACAAUGAUUUAUUUUAGUAUUCUCAAUUAUUUUGCGGACAUUUUCGAAAAAAAAUUCUGUUGAGCCAAAAAAAUGUAAUUCGAAUAGUCACAUUUACGUAACUGUUGUGAAAAAUUCGAAUCCUUGAUGUUAUUUCACAACAAACAAUAAGAGAUUUUUUUGUUUUUCAACAAGUAAUAAUUCUCCAAAAAUACAGAUUUAAAUCGUGAACUUUCUUUUAAAAAAAUCUUUCGAUCAAUAAUAAGAGAAAUGAAAGAUAGUUUUUACCGCAAUGCAAACAACUUACUUACUUCAGCAGAAAUUGAAUGCUAUACUUGCGGGUUACAUUGUGCCGCUUUAACCUAAAUAAAAGAAUAUGUAUUAUUACUUAAAUAUUAGGUGCCUGUUUUAUUGCAGAAGCUUUAGUUUUCUAAAAUUUGUGCUUUCAAUGAAAUAUUGUUUCCCAAUAGUUCCUUAUGUCCCUGUCAUCGACAUUGCCAUUAAUGAUGGAGACAUUCGUCGAUUAUGGUCUUACAAUAGCGCAUAUGGGGGCAAAUACGUCUUUGUGACAAACAACCCCGCGCCAGAAGGUAAAGUCAUCAAUUUAACUUGAAAUACAUGUACAUGCAUGCUUACGGCACCCCUUGCUUAUAUUUUCCAAACAUUGAUUUAACAUGAAAUAUGAGUAAUUGGCCAAUAUUGAACGCAGUGAGCGUUGUGCGGCACGUUUUGGCCAAUGUUUUGUACAAAACGACGAAAAAUAAUUGGUACUUUUAUCUAUGCAACAACAGUGGUGAUACCCCCGCCACGUUGUUCAGAUAGCAUCGGUCUUGCGGCGGAAGUAAUUAGUAUACAACCUCACAAUAGCGUCACGUUACCAAGUUGCGUUACCAUACGUCACAUUAAGUUGCGUUACAGGGUUACGCUACCUGUCACAUAAUUCAAAGACGUAACUGAAGGCGUGCUUUGUAGUGUGGCGGAUAUGUGCAUCGAUGUUUCCGAAGAGGGUUAAAAGCACCAAAUUGUAGCACAUUUACACAGUAGCAUAUUUUUAUGAGUAGAACAACAUGCAAAAGUGGGGCCAUCGUGAAACUGUUUUUUAGAGAGUUACGAUGCUAUUAGCAUUAUUUGCUAUUAAAUUCUACUACAACAAAAAAUGUGAAAUUUUGAAUUGAAUCGCGACAAAUAUAACUUGCAUCAUCAGAAAGCUUGUAAAAAACUACAUAAAAGACUUUUAAACAGUUUUUUUAUUCGUCAAAUGGUUAUUGCUGUAAAUUAGGCACAUUAUCUCGCUGAAAGUCCCUAAUUAAUUAUUCCAUGUUUGAAAAUGCGUAUUUAACAGUUUAUAAUUCGAAAACUAUUUCAGAAAUAAAAAAACUGUCUAAACGUCUUAUAUGCAGGAUAAGCUUUCUGAUGAUGCAAGUCAUAUUUGUUCUAAUUGAAUACAAAAUUGGCUAUAAUAGAAUUCAAAAGAAGAAAAUCACUAAUCGCCCGUUUUCAGGAGUUAGCAGCAAAAUAGCGAUGGCCUCACUUCAAAUAACUAUUAAGCAAAUAAAACUACAUCAAUUGUAAAAGUUUGAUGCUUUUAACGUCAACGGGAAAUACUGAUCAAUAAUUUUACACAUAUCCGCCUCACUAUUGCCAAAUAAGCAACAUGUCACAGGCGUGCCCUUUUCGUGCUACCGAUUUUCAUUAAUCACAAAAUGUAUUUUGUUUAUUCAGAAUUCAUUUCUGACAAAUUUGUGAUAAAACCAAAAGAAGUUACUGAUAGUUUGCAUGUAUACAAAUGUGAAAAACAGUUAACUCAGUUAGUAGAGCAAAGGACCGUAGUUAUUACCAUAUAAUUAUUCCUUACGUCACCUGUAAGUUAGAAAAUAUUUGCCUUACAUGCGCCACGUAACACGUCGUGGGUUCCAACUUCCAAUACCACUCCUGGCAAAUUUAUUUUCAAAACGCAUUCGAAAUUCGUUUCAAUUCUUUUGAUGAAUUUUAUUUAAUGGAGCCGUUUUGAGUAAUAAGUUUCCAAGGUGAAAUAAAAAUCGCGACAUAUUUUAAACCGAACUUGGCAGGAGCUAAGCACAAGUUAACAUGGUUGUCAACGUCGUUGUUAUGGUCGAUAUUUGCAUAUUACACAGUCAUUAAAAAGUGACCAAACCGCCCACUCCAUUUGGAUACGAUUUUAUAUUUCAUCAAGCGAAAAAGAAGGGAACAUAUUUUUAUAAUUAUGGUUAGCCGGUAUAAGUUCUGGGUUUUGCGAUAUAUAUCGAAAUUUUGUCUCGUUGAUAUCCAAAAUGUGUGCAGCCAAAGUCAUCAACAGUGAUAAAUUUGAUAUCUUAAGUGUUUAUUACGGAUAGAUAGGGAUUCAGUAUUUAUUACGCGGGCGUAGACCUUGAUUCGAACGCAUGGCUCUGUGGGCAUAAAUUUCAACAAGAAGUUAGAUUUAACACACAUUUAUUUUUUCAAAACGUUAACAAAAUAUUUUUCUACAAAAUGUUGAAAAAAUGUUCUACACUUGUUAUACUGCUACUAUAAUGGAUGGUUUGUCCUAAGAUAUUGAUAUAAUGACAUAUUGAUAUCCUAAGAUAUUGCAUGACAUCCUAAGAAAUUGCACAAUAUCCUAAGGUACUGUAUUAUAUCCCAAGAUAUUGUAUGAUAUAUCAAGAUAUUGAAAUUUUAAGAUACUGAUAUCUUAAGAUAGUGGAUAAUACCCACAACUUUUCUACCGCACCGGGGUAAUAACUACAGUCCUUUGCUCUACCAAUUGAGCUAACGGUACAGUUUAAAAACUAACUUCUAAUUCACACUUUUAUACCGGCAAACUAUCAGAAACCUCUUGUCGUUUUGCCACAAAUUUGUCAGAAACUAAUUCUGAAUAUAUGAAAUACAUUUUGUAAUUUAUGAAAAUCAGCAACAAGGGCGCGCGUGUGAUAUGUUGCCUAGUUCGCCCCAGUGCGCCUUGAGUUACGUCAUUGGGUUAUGUGACCGGUAACAUAUUCAUGUAACGCAACCAAAUGUGAUGUAUGAUAACGUUACUCUGUGACAUGUAAAGUAAAGUAACCGUGUAGCGCAAUUCUAAUGUGACGUAUGAUAACGCAACUUGGUCAAGUCACACUAUUGUGACGCUACAUACAAAUUACUCCCGCCUCUAGAGCCGAUGCUAUCUGAACAAGGUGACGUCAUAGAUUUUCCAUGCUAAUUACUUCCGCUGCCAUACGGGGACUGUCGCUAUUAACAAUGUAUUUCAAAAUAUAUACACCCUUAUCACGGUGGGUAAAAAAGACAGCAAAUUCGGCAAGGGUCCAAUAACUUUCUGUCGUUAGUUUGGAAUAUCACGAAACUUUCUCACAGGAUAGUACUUGACAUUCCGAAAAACGUAUGUUUUUUGUUUUUUGAUAUUGUUAUAUUUUGGCAGGAGAAUGACGUGCCAAAUUUGGCGCCAAAAAAUUAAACUCGAGAUAAGAAAAUGCUAGGAGCUUUUUUGAGGAGAUUGUACUAUAAGGAUCUCAAAACUGUAAAAACAUUGAAAAUACGCCAAACGAUUUUUAGGAAUGUCAAAUACUAUCCUGUGAAGAAGUUUCGUGAUAUUUCAAACGAACUACAGAAAGUUAUUAGACCCUUGCCGAAUUUGCUGUCUUUUUUGCCCACCGUGUACAUUAUCUUUCAUUUUGUCAGCUUUUACUCAUUGUAAAAUUUACUGUAGUCUGAAACGCUUCGUAAAAUUUUUGAAAUGUUCAUUCAACUAUAUAUAAAUUCCUUUUGCUGAUAAACAGUUCAAAUUAUUGAGUAAUUUCAAUUCAGUGUCGAUAUUAGUUUGCUCUCCUUUACAUUUUAAGUUGUUGUUUCCUAAAUUUAGUCUAAAUAGGGUAAUUUAGGGAACUUAGGGUUACAUUUAAUCGCAAUUAAGCAGUGCAUGUUUUGCAUAUUUAUUAUUAGCAUGACAAAAUUACUGGAUGCUGAUUGGUUGAGAGGAGUACAAUUAUUUCAUUAUUUAUUUAUCUUCUGUAAUCAGUGGCAAAUACUGCAAUUUCAUUGGUUUACAGGAGUGCGAUUUGAGCAUAAAUCGCACCUUUUGUGAGCUGUAAUCGCACUCUUGUCUACAGCCAAUAAAAAUAAGUCUAGUAUUUACAACUAGCCAAUCAGCAUUCGGAUACAAACUUUGAAUUUUAUUUUCUUUAUUGCUGUAAAAAAUUUCAAAAUGGAGGAAUUCAUAAAUUUUGAAAAUUUUGACCUUUUAAUUUUUAAAUCAGCCCUCGAAACCUUCAAAAUUGAGGUCGGAAAAAAAAUGCCGACCUAAAUCUGGCCUAGCUCGACACAUCUCGGCAUUUUUUAAAAUCUGUUUCCAUGUCUUGGAGCACUAGUAGCCUCCACUAGUAAUCACGUACUUACGAAUCAUUGAAAAGUAUAAAUGUCACGAAGGCUUUUCUUUUAGAGUCUUACCUAAAUGAUAUCAUAAUACCCCUUAAUUCUUAAACAUUACACCAAAGUGUAUAGAAUUCUAUAAUUGCUGACUUUUUAACAGCUAUAAGCACCAAAAAAUAUUCUUACUUUCGCUGAAUUAAGGUCGGCAAAACAUUGCCGACCUGGGAGGUUGACAGGUCGGCAUUUUAAUAGGUCGGCAUUGCCGAAUGCCGAUCUCGUUUUCGAGGGAUGUUAAAUUAUAUAUUUUCUGACGAAAAUGACCUACCUGUUCUUCCAGCAGAUGAUACCGAACUAGACACAACCAGGAGUUAUAUUCCAAUCAAAUUGAGAUGAUUAACUGAACUAAAGAACUUCACUAUUUUGAACACGUUAUAAACAUACAAACAUGGCUUCCCAAUUGUGUGUUGAAUAAUUCAAACAAAUGUUGUCAUGUGAUAUACCGGAAAUAAUGCCCGGAAGUUAAUAAUAUGUUAAUUUGAUUAUAUAUGAUAAAUAAUAAUUCAAAAUUGCACAAUUUCACUAAGAAUUGUCGUGACAAAAAUUGAAUAAUUAUAUUGAAUUUCAACAAAUUGUAUUUUUGUGCUUUUCCCCCUUAAACAGUUUGAUUACAGAAGAUAAAUAAUUAAUAAGUAAUAGAACGAAUUAAGUUGCACUAUUAAUGCCAUAAUCAUACUCGUGAUUAACAAAUCAACCUCCCGCUACGCGGUCGGUUGAUUUUGUAAUCACUCGUAUGAUUACGGCAUUUAUUAUUAGCAUGACAAAAUUACUGGAUGCUGAUUGGUUGAGAGGUGUACAAUUAUUUCAUUAAUUGUACAGCUGUACAAUUAAUGAUUUUUCAAAAAAUAAAAAAAAUGGCGGAAAGGUAUGUAAAUACAAAUUUAAAUGACUAGAAGAACUAAAAGCAAAAGCCAAAAACGAAAAUACAAGCAAAAGUACAUAAUAUUGGUUAAAAGUAUGGCAAGACUGGGCUUUGGUAAAACAGUGUGACCCUGAAAUCGAAAAUUAUCCACCUGAAGAGCUUGAUAAAGCACUACAAAAGUUUUACGCUGAGGUGCGUACGAAGAAAGGGGAAGAUUACGAGCCUGACUGCUUGAAAGUUAUGCAAGCUGGUUUUGACAGUUUUUUAAAUAAAAAACAUAAACUAUGCCUGUUCAAUAAUUCGUGACCGAGAAUUUCACCAUUCAAAGCAAAUUCUCGAGGACAUGGCUCGUCAACUCCGCGAUAAUGGUUGCGGGAAAAGACCAAAUGCAGGUAAACCGCUGACCCUGCAAGAAGAAGAAUUGCUGUGGGAACAAGAAAAGCUGGGCAAUUCGUCUCCACAAGCACUAAUUAACACAAUGUGGUGGCUACUUACUCAACACUUUGGUCUACGGGGACGACAGGAACACCAUACAAUGGCAGUCGAAGAUUUCGAGUUUGGGGAAGACGACAACGGCAUCGCGUACGUCAGCUUCAAGGAAAAUCCUACAAAAACUCGCCAAGGAGGUCUCCACAUCACUAGACGACAACAGCUGCCGAAAAUGUUUGCCACUGGUGAAAAAAGAUGCCCGGUUUCUUUGUUUAAAGAAUAUCUCAUCCGUCUUCCAGAAUCUUUGCGAACAAAUGGGCCAUUUUAUCUCAUGCCAUUGUCGAAAACAAACCCAAACAACGACGUCUGGUUCAAAGUGCAAAAUCUUGGUGUCCAUUCAAUCGAUAAGAUAAUGAAAACGAUGAUAGCUGACACUCCACUGGCAAGUAGUUCCAAAAGGCUGACAAAUCAUUCUGCCAGAAAAACCCUCGUGAAGAAGCUGCGGUCAAACAACGUUGAGCGUUCGUCCAUCAUGAAUGUGACUGGUCACAGAAACGAGCAGUCGCUGAACGACUACGACGAGGGAAACGAGCACAUAUCCAAUCUAAUCGGCAGCUCCAAAUCAGUCAGCUCAUUUAGUAAACAAAAGCCAAUGUCCAUGAAUAUGAUGAACAUUGCCCCACCAAGUGCACAGCAGCCUUCCACUUCAAGCGGUUUUCAACGAGUCGGUUUUUUUCCCAAAAACACGUUUAACCACUGCAAUGUCGUUUUCAAUGUUGGCCAAGGUGAAUCCAGCUUAUCCCCAAAGUCGAAAAGCGCCGUUACAAGCGAAUUGUUAUCGACAGUGAAUCCGAUUCACAAGAAUAAAAUAUAUUAACCGAAGGCAUCGGCUUAGAUUUAAACGUUGACUGUUUGUUAUUGAUUUCAACAUUUAGCCACGUUUGCAAACAUUUUUUGAAUAUUUAUAUUAUCCAGCAUAUUUUGAACAUACUAUGAUCUGACCAUUUCUAGUUCAUGUACAUAAUUUGUAUUGUGUUUCUGUUGAAAUAAACAAUCUGGACACAUCUCUGAUUGUUAAUAUUUAACUUUUUACGCGUGAUCGAACCAAUGUCUGCUCACGUGAUUUCGGCUUGAAAUUUCGCCUGAGGGAGGGCCUAGUGGAUGUAAUUUUUUCAUGCUAAUAAUAAACAAAUAACAACUCGUGAUGUUUGCAAAUUUUGCCAAAUUGGACUCGCCCCGGCGGCUCGUCCAAUUUUGGCAAAAUUUGCAACCAUCACUCGUACUAUUAAUCCCUAAUUGUACGAGCAACAUCGCAUAAUCACCUAUACUAAUAGCACUCCUAUUCAUUCUAUUACCAUCAUUAAUUGUACUGCAGUACAAUUAAUGAUUUUCCCAAAACAAACAAAAUGGCGGAAAGGUAUUUUAAACACAAGCGUGAAAUGAAAUUGCCGUGAAGGAACUAGAUGAAAAUACCAACAAAAGCACCAAAUUUUGCUUGAACAAAACAACUAAAUGAAAAUACAAACAAAAGCACCAAAAUUUAGUUGAAAGUGUGGCAGAACUGGGCUUUAGCGGGAGAAUAUGAUGUUGACAUUUCCAAACAUCACUCGUACUAUUAAUCCCUAAUUGUACUCGCCAUCGCAUGAUUACCUAUACUUAUAGACAUUCAGUGUUGUAAUGAGUCGAGUCAUUGACUCGGACUCGAGUCGCUAUUUCCAGCGACUCGAAUCGAGUCCAAUACGAAAAAUGACUCGACUCGAGCCAACAGCCCCAAAAUGACUCAACUUGCUGAUUUUUGUCCUAAAUGACUCGAGUCAAAUCGGGUACAAUUUGCACAGAAGAAAUUCAUCAAAAUUAUUGUGAUUGUAUUACUUAGCGGGAAGAACAAUGAUUACUGUGAGCAAUGAGAACUACGAAACUUUAUCAGAAAACAUAUGGGAAUUUGCAUAGAAUAUAUCCCUGACGAGCAUGCUUAUUAUAUUUCUGUUUUUAGAAACAACGCUAGAGCCACCGUUUUUAAAACGGAGUCCCAAAAUUUCCCGGAAAGGCGCUCGGCCCCGUUGGCUCGGUGAUUACCUACUAAACUGAGACUAUUUAUUUUUACAACAAUUGUGAUAUUACUUUCCUAACUAUGUUUAUCCUAACCCACCGUGUCAACUUUCCCUGUGGGAGGAUAUUGGAGCGCACGGAGAAAACUCACGACAUUCUCCAGAGCGUUGACAGACUCUUUUCACACGAGUCCAUGCAUUAGUCCAGACCGAGAUUCGAACCUGCAAUCCCAGAGGUGAAAGGCUCAAAUUCCCUGACUCAAGUCAAGUUUAGUUGUUGACUCGACUUAAACCACUGACUCAACUCGACUAGAAUGAAGCCGCUGACUCGACUCGAUCAGAAACUGAAAUGACUCGAUUCGACUCGUGACUCGACCUUUGAGUGACCUUGACUCAUGAUUCGACCUGUAGGUGACUUGUUACAACACUGUAGACAUUUAUGAGGAACAUUUUAAAGUAAACUUGCUGCAUAUUUCACGAUUCCCUAGAUAGUAAAUUAAUUCUUCUUAUUUCUUCAAAUUGCACGAAGGCUUAAUGUAUGAAACAAUUUUCCAAAUAUAUGUAUCUUGCUUCUGAUUAUACCACUCAUGCAUGGCAACAUAUUUUGAGAUUCAACGAGGAUUACCACCCACACGUGCGAUGAAAUAUAACCAUUCGACCGCAAUUAUUGAUAGACUUUAUAGACUUCGCAAAUCUUUCCUUUCCUCGAAGGUGUGUGAGCGGAAUUAGUAUACCCUCGCGCCGGGCUCUCACAGAAUGGAGCUUCGUCCUGUUGGCUUGGGAGAAUAUUCUACUCAAUAUUUCACAUAUUAUUUCAUUAUUUCUUUUUGCUAAUUAGUUAACUAUCUCCUAAGGGUGUUUGUAAUCAGUCCUUACGUCCUAUUGUUCUGGUUACAACACAUCGAACAAUACUUUUAAGUUUUUAUUAAUAAUUAGGUUUUCAUCUUCAGGUAGUUCUGCGUAUGUGGUGGCAGCAAGUGGCGAAGUUCAAGGAGCAACUAUUCGUAAGACAAUACUUCGCGCUUCAUAUAAUAACCUAAGCAUCAUUGAAACAGUUUUUCAAAAACCAUCGUACAAACAUUUGUCACUGUAAAGAAUUGCCUUCUCCUGCUUCCUAUUUGUUAAAAAACCCUAUAAAGUGUCUUGCUCACCAUUGAUUUAUUCGCACAAUAUACAAUAAUUUCUGUCAGAAUUAGGGCUGCAUGCCACAUUCGCGCUAACGUUGAUAUGCCAAUGCCAUACGUGUAUUGAAAGUUCGUUGUCCACGACGGUACGGAAAGUUUCUUUACAUAAAUUUUUUGGUUAAAAAUAAAAUAACAGAAGAUGUUUGCCUGAAGGCAGUUGAAAGGUUCGUGCAAGCAAAUAUUAUCCUAAGCAUAAUGAGAGGGGAUAAUGGAUAUUUGCCCACAAAUGAAAGUAAAGUAAAUAUAUUUCGGUUCCUCGGAAAAUAUUAAUUAUUCCUUCCUUUGGGAUAUAACAGUUUGCUAUACUAGCUGCCGUUGUAUAUGCGAAGAUGUCAUGUUUUGAUUGACCUGUUUCCUAUAAAAAAUCUUGUGGGCAGAUUUGUUUAAUUUAAAAAGAGCAGCUACAUGCUUAUAAAUUAGCCAUCCCAAGCUAGAUAACACUCGGUCAUUCAAUUAUAAUAACGUCUCCAAAAGCUUACUUCGGUAAUUCUCUUUAAAAAUAGGUAAAUUCAUAAAAUAAGGUUUAUACGCUAUAGUUUAAGAGUUUUCCUACUAGAUAAGUCGAAGUUAUUUAAGUUAUGAACACGCGUAAACUUGAUCAACCCAGCAUAUAACGGACUUGAGAAGUACGACGACGCCUUAAAUAAAAAUAUUGUCACGCCUCGGUGCUGUUGGUUGGAUUUGAAUCAACCCACUUUUGUAGUCACAUGCACAAGGUUCCCCUCGACCGUUAAUAUAAAUUGUUAUACAGUUUAAUUAUUGUCACAAAUCUCUCAGUCUCAAUUUUCCCUUCAAAGUUCUCUUUCUUUUCAUUCUUCCUCAGCUCUUCUUCGUCGUUUUAUUUUCGUUUUCUCAGUUUCUUCAUUGACAUCGUUCGGUUACUUUGAAUCCACUGCUAGUUCUACAUUUUCUAGCUCGUUCUGCAUUCCUUGGUAGUUCUGCAUUCCCUGCUAGUUGAGAUCGCAACUUCCUUUUAUACUAACGAUCGACGACCGGGCAAUCUUGUGCAUGUGACUACAGAAGUGUGUUGAUUCACGUCCAAGCUACCAGCUCUCUGUCUUUGUUUAUUUGAGGCGUCGAUGUACUUCUCAAGUCGGUUAUAUGCUCGGUUGGUUGAGUCUAAGAAUGUUCAUGACUUAACUAACUUAGACUUAUCUUAAAGGAAAACGUUCAAACUAUAAGUAUAUAACCCUUAUUUUAUAUGAAUUUAACUGUUUCUAAAAGGAACUUACCGAAGUAAGCUUUUGAUGACGUAAUGUUAUAAUUGAAAGGCCAAGUGUUAUCUAGCUUGGGAUGACUCAUUUUUAAGCCGAGUGACUGUUUACGUGAAAGGUCAAUGUUCAUGAGACCUCCAGCAGCCGCUUUUUUUCAACAAAUCUGCCAACAAGAUAUAAACUAUAGGAAACAGGUCAAUGAAAACAUGACAUCUUCGCAUACAUAUCGGCGGCUAGCCUAGCAAACUAUAAUAGCCAAAUGGAAGGAAUAAUUAAUGUUUUGCGAAGGACUGAAAUAUAUUUACUUUACUUUGAUUUGUGGCAAAAUAUUAAUUGUCUUUCUCAUUGUGCUUGGAAUAAUAUUUGCUUGCCCAAACCUUUCACCAGCGUUCAAGCAAACAUCUUCUGUUAUUUUAUUUUAUUUUAUUUUAUUAUUAACCCAAUAUUUUAUGUAUAAGUGAGAGUGCUCCGUAACAAUAUGAAAUUGAUUAACGAAUUUACCAAUCAAAGCAGAUUUUUAUAACACUAUGGCGUCAGGGCUGUUGCGAGAUGAUUUAUUUUUGAGCGGGGAAAAGGAGAGGGUAAUGAAAAAAGAGCUGGAAAAAGGAUGCUCUCUUUCGCAGACAUUCUUAUAACUCUCUAUACCCUGGGUUACAAAGGCUCCAGAGAGUUCCUUAGCUGGAGUUUGUGUGUCGUAAAUUGAAACUCUGUAAAACCUCUGAUUCAAAGAGGUGAUUGUAUGAUUGAACCGCGCCAAACACAAAACAAAAUUAGCUAUUGAGUCCAUUACAUAAUCUUAAAUAUAGACACCUGACUCGUGAAGGUUCAAAAUAGAAUUUUCAUUUUCAGAUAUUACGGUAAAAUAUAAGUUUCUCGAUUUUUGAUGCUAACUUGGCACCGUUUUUCAAUCUACAGUAUGUGACACUUAUAUCACAUAUUCAUGCACUAAAGUAAUUUUAGUUUUGCAAGCUAUGUUAUACAACUAUCAACUCAUAGAAAUCGAGAGCGAGUAAUCUUAUUGUUUUAGUAGAAUCACAGAUCAAACAUAAGAUAUUCCUCAGACACCUCAGAAAACGCGAACCGGAAGCCUUUCUUUAUUUCUUAUCGAGGAAUAGAUAGCGAGUAGAGUAGUAUCAUUUAUGUUCUUUAUUCUUGCCUCUUACAUUGCUUUGCCAGAAUAAUUUAUAACAAGACGCAUCAUUGAGCUUGUUGUUGCAACAAAUAGGCCUAAACUUCAUUACUUUUCCAUUUUUAGCUUUAACAGAUUUUAGGUUCGAUGUAGUACAACCAAUUCCUCUAAGGUUUGAACUGAAGUGUGUGAAAUACAACAUUUGGUAUGCUGUUAAUGGUUCAGAGAGCGAUGUUAUAGCGUCUGAG